UGCGGCGCCGCAAACAAAAUGGCUCUGAUUUUUGCAGACUAGAAAAAGUUGUUGGUUUUACCAUAUUCCCGAUGCAAUAGUGAGCUUAAAGCAAAUGCAAAAAGACCAAGUGUCGAGUUCGCGGUUGUGGCGACGGUAAAGAUGGAAGCUGGUGUCCGGGAUACAAAGGCAGAGCUCCUCAAAGUGAAAAACCAGGCAGCAGUCGUUUUGGCCAUUUGUGGCAUAUAGGAUACGAAAACUAGUUCUUACGCACACACGCACGUACUCACACUGAAGAUUCGCUGAAGACGCAACUCACGCACAAAAACCUCUUAGGUGGCCAAAAAUGGAGGGCAUGGAUCUAUGGACGUCGAUGUUCUCAUCCGAUUUUGAGGAGGGUGAGCCGGAAGCGGAACCGGAGGGCAGCGAGCAAUACGGAAAUGGCAAUGAUGAUUUCAUAGGAGAUUCGGAGAUCCUGGAAGCAGGAGACGCCAUUGAUGAUCUGCUCGAAGGCGAAGACGAUGAAAGGGAAGAAGAGGAGUACGAGGAUAGCCCAAAGGCAACAAAGAAACCUGAUCCCGACGACGAUGCUCUUUUUGACUUUGAUACGGAGCCUAUUGUAAGCAUUGCCGAGCCAAAUAACUCGGUUUUGGCCCCUGCGGGACCCAUGGGCCAUCGUGUUCGGCCCCCGACGCAGCGUCAAUCAGUGCCCGGUGCUUUGGGUCGACCCAGAAUAGGUCCUGGUCUCUCCGUAAGACCCACCACCUCGCAGAUCAAUGCUACGGAUGAGAAUGGGGUGCCUAUUAACUACGAGCUGGGCGUGGUCUACAUCUGCCCUGCCUGCGGCGGAGAGUUCCGCCAACAGGACCACUGGAAGCGGCAUAUGAACCACAUCCACAAGUACAACACCCUGCGUGGCUUGAAUUUCACGCCGCUAGAUAAACUUUAUCAGCGCUGCAAGGAGUGUAACAAGCGAAUCGCUAUGCAUAGCCGGGAGAAUCUUCUCAAGCACAAGUUCACUCACCUGCCCUUCAGGUGUACCAAAUGCUACUUCUGCAAGCGGGAGUACAAAUACAGGCAAGAUCUUAUGGUUCACCUGCGCUUGGUACACUGUGACGAAGUGGUGGCCAUGAUGCGGGGGGGAUAUAAUGCUGCAGGCCGUAAGACGCGGGUUAGGGAAUCUAGAACCGAGCAAUUGCAGCGGGAAAAGAGCUUCCGAGAGAAUAAUGACUUUGAGGAGGAGGAAGAUCGCAUAGAGGUGCGGAAUGAGUUGCUCGAGCCAGAUGCGGAUGAGGUCGGUCUCCUGGAGCAACCUUUGGUGGAGGAAGUUUCCAAGAAGAAGGUUUCACGAAAUCGAGGGGCUGCCGAACUGUGCGAGGAUUACAUACACUACAUGUGCCCCGACUGUGGAACCGAAUGCGACACACAUGCACAAUGGAGUCAGCACAUCGAGUUCGUUCAUGACUACGUGAGCCGAAGGGGACUUAAUUUCCGGAGCGUAGAUAUGCAGAUGCAAUGCCUAGAGUGCAAAAAGAUUGUGAUUCCAAACACCAUAAAAUCGCUGCGCUCCCACAAAUUCAGCCAUUUGUCGCAGCCAGAGUGGCUGCGCUGCAAACUCUGCUACAGGGGUUUCACGGAUCAUCAGGAGGUGAUCAGACAUCUGCUGCAGCAGCACCACAUGGAUUCGCUGAUGUCGGAGGAAAUUGAGGACGAGGAUGGUGAUGGUUCGUUAUCCAUAAUGCAGCAAGAAGAAUCCGUCGAGGAUAACGGAAACGGCGAAGGUAGUGGCGCCCCCUUGGACGAAGACUCUCCUUACUUUGAAGACGCGCCCAGACGCGGCGGGCGCAUCAGCAGCGAUGACAUGUUUGAGCCUCACAUCGACUAUCUCUGCCCGCAGUGCGGUAAAGAGUUCAUCGAGAAGAAGCAUUGGCGCACCCAUGUGGUCAUGGCGCACAGCAUGAACGAUCUGACGAAGCUGAACUUUGAGAUGAUCAACGAACGGCAACUGAAAUGUACUGAGUGCGAGAAGAUAAUCACCAACGCGUAUGGAAUCCAGAAUGCCCAGCAGCACAGGAUCACCCAUCUUCCGUUCAAGGCGUACGCCAGAUGUCGCAAGUGCAACAAGUCGUACACGGAUAGGAAAGGUCUCGUCAAGCAUCUGGCUACUUAUCAUGGCGUUGGUUGGCCAAAAAGGUCCGCCGGAGAAGUUGGUGUGCCAGCUUCGUUGCCCACACCCAUCAAGCAACCCCGCAAGCAGAUCGUGACGGUGGCGAAUGAAACAUACGAGAUAAUUUAUCUUGACGACGUCGAUCAAGGCGAAAUGGAAGAGGAUAACGAUUUUGGAGAACAGAUGCAGGCGGAUGAAGAGGAUUACCUGAUUGCACCAGCUCCAGCUCCUCCUCCACCUCCUCCUCCUCCGCCACCCUCGCAAGGACCUCAUCAACGCUAUAAGUGCGUCCAUUGCGGUACACUCUUUCCCACCCAGGCGGCUGUACGGGUUCACAUAAGCGAGAAACGUUGCAGGAAGACAGUCGGCAGAAGAAGUCGACAGGCCGUGAAUUCAGCCGGGUUGGACCCAUCCGUUCCCACCGUGGAACAAAACUACAUCUUCUUGUGUCCUUCCUGUGGCAUGGAAUAUAAGACUCAGUUCGAGUGGCGUCGUCACAUUAAUGAGGUACACAACUUUGACAAGCGGCAAUAUCUUAAUAUGAAGCAGUUGGAUAAGUACCGUUACCAAUGCACUCAGUGCAAGGACAUUGUGUGCAAUUCGAAGCUGAAGGGGUUGCAAGACCACCACUUCCGACACCUGCCAUACCGACUGUAUCUUAAGUGCCUAAUAUGUGGUACUUGCUACAAUCAUAAGCCGAACAUUGCGGCACAUUUGAGAGCCCGACACAGCAUCUACGAUAGAGAGGCACCGGCGAUGAUCACCAAACCGAAGCAGGUGUUCGGCCGCCACAAGGAUAACAGCAGUAAGGAGAAACCAAGACUGUCCUCUCCGCCUCCAGCACCACCGUCUCCCCCGGCAUGCUCCUCAUCAUCUGCUUCCUCAGUGGCCAGUCGUUCAUUAAAACCACAGCCUGGGGGUUUACCCACUCGACCCGCUGGUCUCAACACAUUGGAGGACAGCAUCUCAUACCAUAAUGCCGUGGAUUUAGACUUCAUCACGUAUUUCUGCCCCAAGUGUAAUCAAAACUUUGACUCACAUGCAUUCUGGCGAAAACACAUCGUGGAGCAACACAACUUUAAUAGUCGGGAAGGACUGAACUUCCGCCAAAUCGAUAACCAUCACUACCUGUGCCUGGAGUGCUACAAGCGGGUGACCGUGACCCACACCAAAGGCGCAAUCGGGCAACUGCAGUCACACAAGUUCCGCCACCUGCCGCAUCGAUCGUUUAAGUGCUUGACAUGUGACGGCGAAUUUGUACGCAAGCAAAUGUUCUUCAAGCACCUGAAUCGCGACACCAAUCGCUGUGAUAAUCGCCCGCACAGAGAUUUGGAAGACGAUGACGCGGAACAGGAGACGCAGCUGCAAUCCAUUUUUCACCUGGCGUGUCCGCAGUGCGGUGACAACUUUACAACACGCAACAAGACACAGUGGCGCGAGCAUAUUAACGACUACCAUGGUUUGGCGAAGUUGGACCUAUUGCACAUGAGCAAAGUGGAUGACAACCUUUACCGCUGCCAGGACUGUGACGAGGAGCUACAGACAAAUCGACAGUGGGUAUUGCAGUUCCAUCGAUUCCAGCACCUGCCACAUGCAGCCUACAUCCGUUGUAAACUGUGCAAGCAGAGCAAUGAAGCUGGUGCAGCAUCGGCGGGGGAGUUACAUAGCCUACGUGAACUGCAACAGCACCUACGUAAGCACCAUCCAACGGUAGGCGAAAACGAAAUGAUAUUACUCCGAGAGCAGAUUGUUCUGGAGGAGAAGGAACAAGAAGAAGGGGGGGAACUGCCCGCAGACGAGGAAAGCCAAGCUGACCAAGAUUCUGGACCGUAUAUGCCGCUACCGCCGCAUUUAUUGGACGAUGGGGACGACAUAGAAUUCGAGGACCAGUAUCUGCUGGGCUAGGAUCCACUCAUAAGAACUAUUCGACAGAAUAAUAUCCAAGGUGCAAAAUGUAUUCUUUCGAUGAUAACAAGUAAUUUCAUCUUAUUUAAAAAAUAGUUUACGGUUAUAUUGAAAAACAAAGACCUCGUCUUGCCCAUUUUUUUAAAAAUACUUAUUCCGAUGUAUUAUUUUA